CCGCAAACACUCCUGUCAUUUCGACGACAUGAGGAAGUUCUUUGAUUCUCGCCGGGAGUUGGUCAGCUCUGGGCCUGGUUCUGGGGGAGGAGGUGGCAGCUCGGGGUCCAGCCAUGCAGGCGGAAAUUUCAUUGGACGAGCCUUCACUGUCGGGCGACACCAAGUCACUGUUGAGGAGAUUAUCGCUGAAGGUGGUUUUGCAAUUGUCUUCCUUGUGCGAACAAAUCAAGGGGUUCGUUGUGCCCUGAAGAGGAUGUAUGUCAACAAUGAGCAUGAUCUGCAGGUUUGCAAAUGCGAGAUUCAAAUAAUGAAAGACCUUGUCGGUCACAAGAAUAUUGUUGGUUAUCUGGACUCCAGUAUCACAGCUAUGGGAUCAAGGGAUGUAUGGGAGGUCCUCAUACUUAUGGACUACUGCAAAGGAGGGCAGGUGGUCAAUUUGAUGAAUCAGAGGCUGCAGACUGGCUUCACUGAGGCUGAGGUGCUGCGGAUCUUCUGUGACACCUGUGAUGCUGUUUCUCGCCUGCACCAGCGCAAGACACCUAUCAUCCACAGAGACCUUAAGGUGGAGAACAUCCUCCUGCAUGACAAGGGUCAUUAUGUGCUGUGUGACUUUGGCAGCGCCACUAACAAGUUCCAGAGUCCACAGACUGAGGGAGUUGCCGCCGUGGAGGAAGAGAUCAAAAAGUACACCACUUUAUCAUAUCGUGCCCCUGAAAUGGUGAACCUCUACAACAACAAGAUCAUCACCACAAAAGCAGAUAUCUGGGCACUGGGUUGUUUGCUGUACAAGUUGUGCUUCUUCACACUGCCCUUUGGUGAAAGCCAGGUGGCCAUCUGUGAUGGCAGUUUCACCAUUCCAGAUAACUCACGCUACUCUUACGAUCUUCACUGCCUCAUUCGGUACAUGCUGGAGCCAGACCCAGACAAAAGACCAGAUAUCUACCAGGUGUCCUACUUUGCUUUUAAACUAGCUCAGCGGACCUGCCCUGUUCAGAAUGUGAAGAAUUCUCCAAUUCCUUCUAAACUUCCUGAGCCAAUCAAAGCAAGUGAGGCUGCUGCAGCAAAGAAGAGCCAGACUAAGCCCAGACUGACAGAUCCAAUUCCCACCACUGAAACCUCCAUCACCCCUCGCCAGAGGCCGAAAGCAGCCCAUACCCAGCCUGCUGCUGGCAUCCUACCCAUCCAGCCUGCUGCUCUCACCCCUCGCAAGCGGGCUAAUCUCCCUGGGGGUGCAGCUCAGCCUGUGGGAGUCAGCUUAGAUCUCUCUCAGCCAGCUGCAGCUCUGCAGUCACAGAAGGCGCAGACUUCAGCUCUGCCUCUCAUCCAGUCACAAAACAAUUCCAGUCAGGCUGUGGCUCCACAGAAGCAGGCAGUGCAGCCAGCCCCAGCUACAGGAGCAGAGACUACAGCAACAGCAGUGGUAUCACCAGUGACCAAGGCGGACGUCCAACCACAAGCGCAGCCAACAGUCCAGCAACAGGCCACAGCUCCCUCUGUGGUCAGCUCCACCUCCCAACAGGCAACAGCGACUCCAUCCAGCCCGGCCCCACCUCAACGCCCAGCUCGACGCAAGCAGGCCAGCCAGGCCCAGCAGCCAGCAGCUCAGCCUUCGCCCAGCAAACCGGCCCCUGGUCAGCCGCCUGUAUUUCAGGAGCAGAUAACUCAGGCAUCAGUUGCCCAGGCUCAGCCUGCCUCCACCGAGAACAGCCAAAAAUCAGCUGAGACAACUCCACCUGCUUCUCCAAAGACAACUGAAGAACGAGGACACCAACGCAUCCCGAGUGACGCAACAGCAAGUAGUGCUGUUGCAGUGCCAGUUGGUGACUCACAGCAGCUGCAAGGAGCUAAUGGAGAUACUGCCCUCAACCAAUCACUUACAUCUCAACUAAGCACCACCCAGCCUGUUCAGCUCAGUGGUGGAGAUGCAGUCCAGGACCAAAGCAAGGCUGUACCCACUGCUCCUGCCUCUGGCGUUGCCACCAACACCCCCAUGCAGCCCGCAUGGAACCCCUUUGACGAUGAUAACUUUUCCAGCCUCACUGCUGAGGAAUUCAAAACAGAAGACAAAAAGCCUAAUGACCUACCUUCAGAAACUGAGACAACAUCUUCUGAAGAGUUGAUACCAGGCCUCCAAGCCUCAACUGUAGAAAAUGAACCCCAAGAAGCUGUUGAAAGACCAUCAACCAUUCUUGACAUGGAUUCAGGAGCCUCACUGUUGGCUGUCCCAGAUCCUUUCCUUUCCCUCGAACUGUCAGAUGCACCAGAGAAGCUGAUUGAAGGACUCAAAUCUCCAGACACGUCUUCACUCAUGCUUCCUGACCUCUUGUCAUUGUCGGAUCCUUUCGGUGGCUCUGUUGAAGAAUCUGCAAAAGACUCUCUCACUGCAGACGACUCUCUCCUGGGAAGCUCUCUGAUCUCUGGUCCGUCCGCCCCGCCAGCAGCGAGCAGUGCCACCUCCUCCAGCUCCUCUGCCCCCACCUCCGCUGCCUCUGCUUUGGAUGAUUUCAGCCUGUUGUGUGGAGACUCCGCGCAGCCAAAAGCAGACACGUCUCUCCUGAUAUCAGACUUUGAGCCCCAACAAGCCAGUGGAGAGGCGGCCAGAGAGGAUGAGUUUGAUCCUAUUCCUGUCACAGGCCGAAAGAACUCCCAAGUUUCAGGAGGCCACUCGCGCAGUAACAGUGGCGGCUCUGAAUCCAGCCUGCCCAGCUUGGCCCGCUCCCUGCUGCUGGUGGACCAGCUCAUCGACUUGUAGGCGGCCCUUCCCCCCCGUAGAAGCUGUAACACUGGAUUAUAGACUGGCAUAGCAUAACUGCAAUCAACACUGUUGUCAUAUAGCUAGCUUCCUCCACCCCCUGGCUGUCAUCUUCAUUGUAGUUCAUACAGUAGAAACGUCCUUCGCCUUUCAGUGCUUCUUCAUUCCCGCCCUCUCUGCUGCAUCGACUGCAUUAUCUGGCUCCUCUUCACCUCUUAUCUCUCACCCUCUCACUCACAUUAUCUCUUUGUUGUAGUCUCUGCGCAUCAUGUAUUGUCCAUUGGUUCAAGAGUGGCCAGCCCACUAACAUCAUCCUCCUUUCUAAAGAUUAACCAUUACAUCUUUCUGUCAAUCAGGAUAUAAUAUUACUAUCCGGUUUGUUUGAACAAUAUUGCAUUAUGUCUAAUAGCAAACAAUAGAAGAUCAUUGUUGUAAUGUACAAUAGGCAUAGUUAUAAGUGGUUGUAGAUAUUAUUGUGCACAAGUGAAUUUGUUGUUGUUUGCCUUUUUAAAUUUUCCUCCCCAGAUUUAUUUGCACAUUUUAAAGUAAAACCAUGCAAAAGUUAAAUGACAGUUUCUUCAAAUAAGGUCAGUUUAUUUUAUAUUAGGGAAACGUAUUUGAAACUCAGUCAUGUAGCCUGACCUGCACGAAGCAUAAGUGUUACCUCUUUCAGCCUUGGGCUGUUGGAUGGAAUAUCUUCAACAGUUUAAAGCUGCUAUAGAUUAGACUGAAAAAUUAUAUCAAAUUGUUUCACAGUCCUAGAUCAAAUCAGCCAUAACCUCACAACCUACUUCCCUUUCUGCUUCUGCAGUUCCCUCUGUAGCACAAGCACCAUAAUAAGUAAUUGUGAUGAAGAGAAAAGCAGGACACAAAAGGUUUCCCUGAUCAGACUAAACAGUGAAGUGCCAUAAAAUAAUCUGUGAAGCAAACUGCUAAGUGGAAGAUUUCUGAACGUUUUUCUAGUAUCUUCUAAACUCUAAAUAUAACUACAAUAAAAAACAUCCUACAGAUUAUGUCCUCAAUCCCAGUUCAACUUGUUUUGCAGACAAAGUGUACUUUUUAAACAAGGACCUGUUCUUACUUGCUGCUGUUUUGAGCUUAUUUUUAAUUUUAUCCUGGAGGCGAGCAGUAGGUUGCUUUGGAAUUAAAUGACAAAUCAUGGUCAUUUAACAGUGUUAAUAGCAGUGUGCCAUACCAACAGAGAAUGCAUGAAAUCAUGAAAAUAAUUUGAAUUGUCAACAUUAAUAGGAAAUAGUAGAAAUAUAGUAGCUGUUAUAUAGAGAGAACAUUCAUGUCUAUUCAGGUAAUUUUUUGGCACUAACAGAAACAACCUAAUGUGGCAUUUAAAAAAAGAUUUUCAGUCACUCGCAUCCUUCCUACAUUCCUGUCAUUUGUUUACUCCUAAUUUAUGUAAAUAGAUAUCUGGACCCCCUGCAGGCUCUUAUCCAGACCAUAGAAUUGGUUAUUCUUCCCAUGUAUAUAUGAAGUCAUUGUCAUAAAGCUUUACUUGUGGAAAACAUAUUGCUUUACUUGUGAAAUCUAUAUGUCAUUUAUAUGACAUAUAUAUACAUUAUGAAAUUGUUUUCCUGUUAAUAAAUGUUAAUAUGAAUAGAGUGUUAGAAAAUGAAUGUAAGAAAUAAAUAUUAGUCUAUAAUGAAAUAAAAAAAAUAUCUAUAAUUCUUAAAACACCAUAAUCACUGAAUAUUAUUGAAGAAUACUCUAUAAAUAUUUCAUUCCUAUUUGUGGAAUUGUGUGUUGAGAAAGUUCUUUUUUUUUUUUUUUUUUUCUUGGUUAUAUCGACUCAAUAAUUGUCAGUACAUUAAAAUGUCUAGAUGAUAAUCCUAGUCUUUCUUCAACCUGGAAGAUUAGGCUGAAUCCCAUGUUUUAUUCCACCUUUGUGAAAAGAAAGUGAGCCUGUGUUAUGUGUGUUUACAUGGACUGAUGGAGGAUUAUAUUUUUAUUCAAAACAGCUGACAGUUUUCUGGAGAGUGGGAGCUCAACCUCUUGAAUCUUAGUCCUGUUUCAUUUCAUUGCUAAAGUAGAACUUUUUCUGAAAUUGUGCUUUGUAAAGCUUUGUUUUGCUUUACCGGUUUUAGUGAUGACAGGAUUCAUAUCAAAAAGCAUGGCAGUGUUGUUGAAUGUUAUGUUUAUGUGUGUUGGUAUACAGUGUUAUGGUAAGUAUGUAUGUAUGUGUGUGUGUUGAGUCAGACUCGUUGGAUGUGUUUUCCAGUAGCCUACUUGUAUUGUUGUUUGCUGCAAACAUGGCGACCCUCGCGUUAUCAUUAAAAUCUCUUCUGAAAGCACAGCCCUCCCCCCUCAAAUUCUCUCAGGUAGUCAGAGCUACAGGACUCUCUCUGAGAGUUGAAUACGUAUUGGCUUACUGCUCCCCAGUCUCACUGUCCUCUGGAUGUCUGUGCUCCAUAUUACAGAGAAUUUGUCUGAUAUGUAACGUGCGAGGGGCUCUUUGAAGUGCGAAAAAGGUGUAAUCUGCCAGUCUUACAGUGAAGAGACAACACUGUUGCUGUAGCAGCGGUUUGUUUAUCAGACAGCAUUAGGUCAGCUGUUCAGGGUUUGAAAAAUCAUCUCCGAUCAGCGAUAUAACUGUUUCUGUAGGAUCAAACAAAGUUGUUUUGCUUCCCAUGCAUGAUAACAGUGGAUAGAUGACCUCCACAUCCUCUUUUCCAUUUUAUCAUAUUAGAAAAUGAUUUUAAAUAGCAUAUACUGUAUGUUACAGUAUGAUUUUGUGAGAUCUACUGAAAAUACUUCAUUCUGGAAGUGGGAAAGAUACAUUUAACUGAUCAGGAUUUUUUGUUUUUUUUUAUCAUUAUUUUACCUUUUAAAGGGAUUUUUAAUGAUAAACCAUUCAGCCGUAUUGUGUUUUAAUGCUGACAAAGUCCACAAAUGCUGGUUAGAUAUAUAUUCCACUUGCAUACAUGUAAUUUGGAAUAACGUAGUUAUCGUCGACUGGCUUUUGAAUGUCGAGGCAGCGGUUUAAAAGAAAUCUCACGUCGUCUCACAACUUUGAAUCUUAAAUCUUAAAAUCCAGAAUCUGAGAAGAGUGCCACAAUUAUGGAGCACAGUUAGUCACCUGUUUACAUGUUAUUUGAUAAUAAAAGGCAAAGAAGUUUUUUUAGGAUAAGUUUAAACAUAUAGGUACCUGUGCUAUUUCAAUAUUAUCCAUUUGCCUUCAAAAAUGAGAGUAUUUUGAGUAGAACUCACUGAUUUCAUUUGAUUUGAAUUGCAUCCUUUUAUUGUGUAGAUCAAUAACUGUCAAGAAGUGGCUGUUUUCACAGCAACAUCUCUUUUGGGCAUAUUUACUGUAGGUACUGCAUGAGCAACUGAAGGCUUAUGUUUUACAUCAUCCUCUUUAAGAUCCUUCCACUGAACGGCUCAGUGAUUUGCAGUUACUGUUUGAACCUAUGCAACUCCCGAGCUUUCUCCCUGUAGCCGCCUGUGUGCUGUUGUGAUUGGUAAAGCCAGGCAGGUAGUGAGAUUAGUCCUUGAUGUGAAACAGGAGCCCCUCGUUCUCUCUGUUGUUCUGCCAAAAAUGAAAUCUGAUACUAUUGAGUGUUUUGAGACGCCUCUUGUCUGUAUGGCCCCAAACCUGCGUCAGAGCUGUGGUAUCGUGUGCUCCUUCUAUUUUUGUGAGAUAAUUCAAAAAUUAUAAAAGGGAUGGAAAAUAAAAUACAAAUGUGAAUGUC